CCACAACGAGACCCUUUUCCCUCCGGACCCAAACCCUCUUCUCUCGUUCUCGCGUUCGAAUGAAACGCCUCUCUUCUCCUCCUUUCAGGAUCUUUCCUGCUUCCAAAACCACACCACAAAUCGCCCAAAACACGAUCCAAAAGAAUCCAAAUAGCGCCAAUCCAACCUUCCAAACAGCCUCAAAUCGCUCCCAUGCCGCAGUUUCAUCUACAGGUAAGUCCACUUCAAACCCUUCAAAAAGAUCCAAUCUGUUUCCAUCUUUCGAAACAUCUCACCAUCUUUCCAAUGCAAAAGAACCCAUCUGCAAUAAUCAUGACCUGAAAACCAUAAAUUCGGUUGAUCUUGUCCACAUUUCUGAGAUAUUACUAGGAAAUGACUGGUUUUUACUGCUAAAUCACGCUUUCCGUCCCCAUAAAACCAGCUUGAAUCCACAGCUCGUCGUUCGAAUCUUGCAAAACCAAGAAAACCAAUUAUUCUCCCUUAAAUUCUACAUAUGGGUUUCAAAUGCCGACCUUGAACUUUCGAAGAAUGAAUCCGUAAAGAGAGUUUUGUCUGAUAUCCUAUUUAGAAAAGGCCCAGUCGUUUUAUCCGUUGAAUUGAUACGAGAGAUUCGAGCUGCUGGGUGUCGAUUCACAGAGGAGUUGUUCUGCAUUUUAAUCGGUAGUUGGGGGCGUUUGGGGCUGGCGAAGUAUUGCAAUGACAUUUUUGGGCAAUUGUCAUUCUUGGGCCUUAGGCCGACCACCCGAAUUUACAAUUCUGUCAUUGAUGCAUUGGUGAAAUCCAAUUCGCUCGAUUUGGCUUAUUUCAAAUUCCAACAGAUGGCCGCUGAUAACUGCUACCCAGAUCGAUUCACCUACAACACUCUAAUCCAUGGUGUAUGCAAGAACGGGAUUGUCGACGAGGCGCUUCGGCUUUUGAAGCAGAUGGAGAGCUUGGGGUGGUCUCCUAAUGUGUUCACAUACACAAUGCUGAUCGAUGGGUUUUUUAAUGCGGGAAAGGCAGAUGAAGCAUUCCAGGUGUUGGAGACAAUGAGGAAGAGGAACGUGGGCCCCACCGAGGCUACUUUUAGAGCAUUGGUUCAUGGGGCCUUUCGAUGUUUGAAUCCACGGCGGGCCUAUGAGUUGUUGACUAGCUUUGUAGAACGCAAAUCAGUUUUGCAUGAAAGUGCUUGUAGUACCAUAUUGUACUGUCUUUCGAAGAAUUGUAUGCCAAGAGAGGCUUGCGAGUUUUUGAGCAAGAUCAGCCAAAGGGGUUAUUUUCCCGAUGCCCCUACGUUUAAUAUUGUGAUGGCUUGUUUGAUGAAAGGUUUAGAUCUUAGAAAAACAUGUGAGAUAUUUGAUGGUUUUAUUGGCCGAGGUGGGAAACCGGGAUUUAAUACAUAUAUUACACUAGUAGCUGCUUUGUACAGGGCAGGAAUGUUUCAGGAGGGAGAUCGAUAUGUGAAUCAUAUGUUCUUGGACGGGCUUGUCUGCAAUGUGGUUUCGUAUAACAUGUUGAUUGACUGCUUUUCUAAAGCAGAAAUGAUGGAGAAGGCAUCAGAGACUUUCAAAGUAAUGCUUGCAAGGGGCAUCGCCCCGAGCCUCGUAACUUUUAAUACGCUUAUAAGUGGGCAUUGCAAGACUGGCGAGGUGAAAAAGACACGUGAAUUGUUGAAGAUGCUCUUAGAACAUGGAUUUGAACCCAAUGUUUUCACAUUUAGUUCGAUAAUAGAUGGUCUUUGCCGGGCCCACCAGAUGGAGGAUGCUUUCAAUUGUUUUGGUGAGAUGGUUGAAUGGGGUGUUGCGCCAAAUGCCAUUACAUACAAUAUAUUGAUACGGUCUCUUUGUGUAGUAGGGGAAGUCGGUAAGUCAAUGAAACUUUUUAAAAGGAUGAAAGCCAAAGGGAUAAACCCAGAUGUGUUUUCUUUCAAUGCUCUCAUUUCAAGCCUUUGUAAGAUGGAAAGGAUCGAGAGCGCACGGAACGUUUUUGAUUCCAUGUUGAAGGCUGGAGCAACUCCAGAUACUUAUACUUAUAAUGCCUUUAUAAAAGCUUUAUGUGACUCAGAGAGAAUUGAUGAGGCCAAAGAAACUGUGCUCAUGAUGGGAGCCAAUGGCUGUACCCCAAAUUCAUAUUCAUAUAACCCCAUCAUAGAUGCCCUUUCCCAUGUGGGCCGCUUAGAAGAGGCCCAAGAACUAGUCAGCAUAUGUAAAAGGAAAGGUAUUCACAUAAACGAUCUUCCAAAUUUGAAGACUGCUUCUGAGCUUACAGAUGGAGUUGUUAACAUCUGAGUAGGUUAGGUUUCACAUGCUUCGUUGAUGUUUGUGGAAUGUAACUAAGGUCAUUGUAAAGCAUGCAAAAGGGGAACUCUGUGCAAGCAAAAGAGGAGUUUGAUUACCAAAGAAGCUUUGGGUUAUUUGCAUUUGCAUGCAAUAAAUGGACCCAUGUUUGUACUUUUCCCCUGAAUUUGGCUGAGAUUCCCAGUUCCGAAAGCCAUCCUUGCCUCUUUAUGACACUGAAAUUAGUUUUUUGCGAAGGAAAAUCUACAUGCACACUAUCAUUUGCCAGUAGACUGUGGGGAUGGGGAAGCCGUCUUUCACUUUGUGUAGCUUUCCAUAGCUUUUGGAGCAGCAGGGAGAGCAUAUGGAGCACCCACCUGGUGUUCCGUCUAUUGCACAUUUUGAAGUGAUUAAAAUGAAGAAAACGGUAGCCCUGAUGGGUGCACAGCUUUUGAAGCCUUUGAUAGCAUCUGAAGCGACUCAUCUUAUUUGCCAAAAAUCUGAGGGUGCAUUUCUCUAUCCUACAAAAGAAUCAGAUUUGGAAGGAUUUGUCUUUGUUCAUUCAUCAAAGAAAAAAAAGACAAAGGAUAAAUGGUGUGUUAGUUUGACACCUGAUCCCUGUUUCCAUUUUUUCCUUUAUUAUUGUUUUAUUCUUUUAAUCCGAUUCUUUAAAUGUUUUAUAACAUGGAAUUUCAUCAUCGUAGUUCUCUUUUUUGUUAUAUGAGCGAUGCAUGGUUGUUCCUACA